CUGACCGGUGACGCAGAACCGGGGAGUAAUUUCUGAGAAGCACGUUUGUGAAACGGACGACUUUCAGAGCACCGGUAGAAGGCCGAAACCCGCGGAGACUGGAGUCAGCUUUAGCCGACUGAAUACUCGCAAAACAAGAAACCAUGCCUGGAGAUAUCAACAAGGGGAAAAAGGCUUUCGUCCAGAAGUGUGCCCAGUGUCAUACUGUGGAAAAUGGUGGAAAGCAUAAGGUUGGACCCAAUCUAUGGGGACUGUUUGGACGCAAAACAGGCCAGGCUGAUGGUUACAACUACACUGAUGCCAACAAGAGCAAAGGCAUCAUCUGGGAGGAGGACACUCUGAUGAUUUAUUUGGAGAAUCCCAAGAAAUACAUUCCAGGAACAAAGAUGAUCUUUGCUGGCAUCAAAAAGAAGAACGAAAGAGCUGACCUUGUAGCAUAUCUGAAGUCCGCAACCUCAUAGACGAUUCUCCUGAGCCUUUGUUAUUUUUUGGUGCCUUGAUGAAUCGCUUCAGAGACUAGGACAUUUGUUUUUCAAACAAGACAGAACAAGAACCAAUCAGAGUGGCGUUGGCAUGGCAGGUUGUCAUCGUUGUUACAGCUGUACCUGAAUACCUGAAUGACUGGUAUCAUCGUCCCCCACGAAGUGAAGUUACAAGAUAUCUCUUGGUUUUAUGACGUUUAACAUAAAUUAUUAAUCUAGAUACUGUGUAUUCAGAAUGUAGGGACUGAGCACUGUGUUUGCCUGUCAUCCAUGUUUUUUUUUUUUACGAACAGUUUCUUGGUUUAUUGUCAAGUUGUCUUAACUCUGUUCCAAAAAUGAAUAUGCCUUUUCUGUUUUACCUCAGUUGUGUUUUGUCUUUUGAAUGAAUUUGCAAGUUAAAUAAAACUGACACU